CAAGAUGGAGGGCGGCGGGCUGCGCGGGGAGCCGCUCCCCAGGCUCAGGCGCCAUUUGGGGCAAGGGGCAGAACGCCCAGCCCCGCUGCUGCAGCCGCUGCUCCGGGGCGGCGGGACGGCCGAAGAGUCUACAGCUGGAGAAAAGAAAAAGAAGCCCUCUCCUAGACUGAACGUUCAUUCUGCGUUCUGGAUUUUGGCUUCCAUUGCUGUGACAUAUUACUUUGAUUUUUUUAAAUCUAUUAAAGAGACAAUUCAAGCAGAUAGUUGGUGGUUUGCCUCUGGCAGUUGUUUACUGGCUGCAUGUUUAUCUGUUGCCUUUUACUGCAUAAUAUAUCUUGAGUGGUAUCGUGGAAUUGAGGACUACGAUGUGCAGUAUCCUGUACUGAUACCUGUCACGACUGCCACUUUUAUUGCAGCAGCAGUUUGUUUUAACGUUGCCUUAUGGCCAGUCUGGUCAUUUAUCACACCUGUGGUGUUGUUCAUUCAGUUUAUGGGUGUUGUGAUGCUUGUGUCGCUCCUAGGAUAAGUCUUACAGCUUCCUGUGGAGGAUUCAAGUAACAAUUAUCCUACGGAGUGGAUGUUGCUUUAGUUCCAUUCCGUUCUGAUUAUACUAAGCUACCUGAUUUUAUAAAUGAAAUUGACAUUAAUCCAUGGUUCAACCAAUGGCUGCAAGAAGGCAGAUGAUUAGCAAGUAAUUGAAAGAUGGAUAGAUUUUAUCUUAGUGACAUAAUGCAUUUCGUACUUUCUUUCUAACAACAUUAUAGAACUGACUUAUUAAUCAUUCACCUAGUCUUAAAUCCCAUCUGGGGACUCCAGAGGUCACUUAGUCCAACUUCCUGCUUCAAGCGUGUUGAUUGAUUUGAAAAUAAGUGAUGCUUAAAUUUAAACGUUAUGGUUUUUAAUAUGCUAUUUUUACAUUUGAAUUGAUAGCUAAAAUACUAAUAUUUGGAAUCUCUUUGAGCUUAUAAACUUGGAGAUAGAUGACAACAGAGGAGACAUUUAUUGAUCCACUAGAUUUAUAAUUUUAUGUGUGUUUCAAUGAAGGAAAUAUUUCAUUGAUCUAACCCUUGACUUCAAAUAUGUAAGUAUUUGAAAAAAAGAUGUGGAUUUGAGUAAGGGUCUAGAAAGCUGGUUGAAAUUUACAUCACUGAUAAUCUGACAGUGCCAACAGUGAAAUAAAUGGAUUAUACUUGUAUUGACAUAAUUUGUCUACAGCCAAAGGCGAGCUAUCAAGUUGUGAGUAACCAGCAAUACAAUGAACAAUAGGAACGUUACACAAGAAAUUAGGAGCAUGAAGAAAAUUAUUUUGAUGUAUGCACUAUGUUUUAUUCUAUGUAUUUUAUUCAAAAAGUAACUUUUCAUUCUUUGAAGUGCCUGUUAAUAAAAUUGCCAUUUUUCCUUCCUCAGCAA